AUGGCCUGGCAGGAGAAAGACAUCUCGACUUGGAGCAAGAAGUCUUUGCCAGAGUACUUGUUUGCCUUGCAGGAAGGGCCCUGUUUGCUCCUGACCCCAUGGUCUCACAUGGAGGUACGCUUCUCUCACAUCGAGGUUAGCGGGGAAGUGUGCCUUUGCGGCCGGAAGAGCGAGGUGCUUCAGUUCGACUUGGACAUUGGGGUGCAGCUGGACAUUUUCAAGGCUGUCCGCUUCUACCAGGGCCCGAAGCGGGAAGAGCCGUUCUUUCGUGGAGUGCUUCGGAUCUUCCACUUUGAGCCGAAUAGCAUUCCUGAGAUCCAGGCAAGCUUUGAUCGAGCAGAUGCCAUCAUGGCUGAGGCAGCCGAGGUGACCUGGUUUCUGCAAAAAGGCAUGGGCAGCCGAUUGCUGCUGGCCUCCUUGUCCAGGUGGCAAGCUGCAGCUGGAGAGCAAAACCCUAGACUUAGCCUACCCAGCGGGAUCCCCGCCAUGGUCAGCUUCCAGAACCGCUUGAAGCACCUGGAGGCAAAGCACAACCUGAUGCACUCGAAGCACACUUUGAAGGUUGGGAUGCAACGUGCCCGCCCAGUCGCAUCCAACAAAGAGUGGAAUCAACAUUCCGAGAAUGGAGGCCUUCGAAGAGGAAUGAAGGCUUCACCCUCCCAGCCUUCGAAGUUCAGAGCUCCAGCUGCACAGCUCCGCGAGGUGAUUUUGCGAAAGGACUUUGCCAAGGCUUUCAAGUUGCUAGAUGACGAGCUUCUUCAUUCUCCAGUCGAAGGGCUGUGUGCCAUCCAUUCGGCUGUGGAGAGCGGCUCCUCCCCCAUGGUGGCCUUGGUCAUUGAGGCGCGUGCGGAUGUUGGGCGAAGAGAUGUGCUUGGCCGUACGCCUUUGAUGAUGGCUUUGAAGAAGGGAAAUGUGGCUCUCGUCAAGCGGCUCCUGGAGGCUGGAGCCUUUGAGUCGGAAGUCAUGCAGAGUGGGGAGGACUCCGAGUGGUUGACAAACAAGCUGAGCAAGGACUUCCGAAUGGUUCCGGAAGUGCUGCAGCUCGUUGAAGCCAAGGAGAAGCCCAUGCGCCAUGGCUGGACACUCAGCAAGGCCAUUCUCCGUGAUGCAAGGACUGCUGAAGCUGCGAUCGAGGCUGGAGCCAGCCCUAGCUGCGCGGAUGAACGUGGAGACCUUCCCAUACAUCUCCUUGCAAAGAGCUCCCACCACAAGGAGACCUCCCUUCGUUUGCUCCAGAAGCUGGCAAAAGCACGAGCUGAUGUCAAUGCCAAGAACCGCCGUGCAGAAACUCCACUCCUUUACGCAGCGCAUCGCGGCAAUCUGCCGGUGCUGGAGGGGCUUCUCAGAUUGAGAGCAGAUCCCUCACUGGCAAACGAAGAAGGCAGCACAGCGCUGAUGUUUGCUGCCCAUUCUGGACAUGAAGACGUUUGUAAAGUGUUGUUGGAGGCCCGUGCGCUUGCUACAUCAGUCAACCAACAUGGCCUCACUGCUGAAGAGAUGGCAACAAAGCGAGGCUUCCGCAGCCUCGGUGCAAUUAUUGCAGCAUAUGCUAUGGCGCCGAGGGACGAAGAAGUGGAUGAGCACCAGGAAAAGAAAAAGCACGACAAGGUGGAGGUAGCACUCAGAGCUUCACCUCAAGUUCACCUGGAGGCGACCUCGGCUCGCUGCAUCGAGCCAAAUGGGAGAAAGAGUUUCGACGACUACCAAAAGUGGGAUCGCAUCGUGGAAGACCUGGAGUCAAAAGAGGAGGCGGAGAGCCGGCGACAAAGCCUUGAGAUGCAUCCCGAAUACCUUUGGAAGAAUGGCAUGAAGAUGAGGGUGCUGUUCUGA